AAAGUAGGAUGGGCGAAAGUCUUUUAUUUAAAGCGGUGUUUGCAGUACAAUUUGCUCCAACAGAUAACGAAGAAGCCCUUACACACAGGCAAAUAUAAAUUGUUUUACCUGAGCUAAUACUAGUCUAUUCAUUAGUCUCAAAGCAAAUAGUACGGACUUAAGGAUGUUCCGGGGGCUGUUGAGGAGAAGAAACAAGUUUUUAUUGUUCCUCAUCUUCAUGGACCGUAACGAGGUAACGAGACCCGUGAGGUCUGGCAUGUUUGGGUCUCUUUUGUCAACAGAACAGUUUUGAUUGUACGGGGAUCGGACGGAGCUCCCAUUGGAUCGCACCUUGCUACUCUAGGCCUAGGACCAGAAGAUGGACUUGUAACAUGUCUUAUAGAGUCGUAGAUCAGAUUGACGAAUAAACUUUGUGGAGUUCACGCACCAACUAAUAUUGCUAUAACAUGCAUGAGGAAGUCUGAGCUCAUGUUUUGAAUGUUUCUUUUGAAAUAUUUUUUUUAUUAAUAGCGAAAAGCGAUAACGUCUAGAAUCACCAAGAAAUGCUUCCUCGUAUUUCUGUUUGGCUUCCACUUCACAGGACCUGAUCAGGCGAAUUUAUCCGUUGGCUUACUGAGGACAUUCUCUGUCUUGUCUCAUCAUUGGAACAAUAUUCUAUCCAACCUGAUAUAAAAGUCUACUAGAUUUUAACGUAUGCGGUAUAAGAAGAGACGUUUCAUUAGCAGAAUUAUGAAUGACAAAUUGACAAUCAACUCGGACUCAAAGAAAGAUGAAAUUGGUCAUGUACUGGAAUUAUUGUGGACAACUAAGAAGUAAAUCCUGCCCUGAAACUCGACAACGACAACAUUGAGCCUCGAGGAGAAUGUGUUGGUUAGAGAAAGAGCGUCAUCUGUUGACAAUGUGACGUAUAGUCUGAGGAUACCCUUCCCUAUUGAGAUCUGAAUGUAAGCAGCGGCCACUUUCAAAGAGUUAAAGGACUACGUGCAUCACUUCAGAACAAUACUGUAUAGGCUUUCUGAUUGAAAAGUGGAAUAUAUUUUCAUCUCAAAUGGAAAGAUAUAAAUCAGUAUGUCGAACAACACUAAACUCAUGUUUAUUCCAAUUCACUCUCCUAGACGGCCAACAAUGCCAUCGACGACAGGUUCUAUUCGAUCGCUUGGGACAUCGAGGGGAGGAAGUAUGAACAAGAGUGGGGAUUUCACGUCUCCGAGGACUGGUGAUAAGAGGAAAGAUGGUAAUAGUCCUGUUCGGCCAGCGUUGUGCCUCAAAGAUAUCACGAAAUUCGAUUUGAUGAGUCCAGUUGCAGUACAGCAACUGACCGGAAAUUUCCAAUCGUCCUUCCCCACGAUCACUGGGAAAGAGACGAGUAACAUCAAGAUGUUGAACUUACAAUUGCCAAAGAAUCCUUACGCAACUUUGCCUCGACUAGCACUGACUAAAAGGGAUGAGGGUAGAGACGUUGUACAGACGUCGAGUUUCACGCAUGGACUCGCGAGAUCGCAUUCCGAACUGUCGCACUACAGAACGCGCGAUUCGCACCGCGCGUUACUGCAAGACAGACCGCAUACGGAAAGCAGGCUUACGCGCAGGGCACAACAUGGUGGACCGGUGUUUUUCUCGAGCAGAGCGAGUACCAUAUCGGAGGAAAGCAGAGCACCUGUUGAUUCUGAAGUGUCAUCAACCUCUGGGACCAUUAAGGAAACCGAUAAAACAAACAAUCGUGUGGGAGAUUACCCUUUAGAAACCGAUAAGUCAAGUACAUUUAAAGAUCUGGCCCCACUCCGUCGAGCGAAGAUGCGAUCUCAGACCAAAUCGACUGCAUUCGGUUCUAAAAGAAUGCGGUCUGGCCAUGCGAACACGGCUGAAAAGGUGGCGAAUCUGGCAAUGAGUGCAUACACAGAGGUACACGCUAACAAUGGUGAAAUAAAUGGUCAGGUUUGGGGAGGAGAGAGUCCGGGGAGGAAUACACCUGAUGGAUCAAGACUAGUUCGUUUUAACACACAGAAUGACGUCUUUGAGUAUACUCCUGGUCAAUGUUUAAGGUGAAUGAUGGAUAAUUCCGUCCAAAAUGUUAAGUAAUAACUCUUCUCCACAAUAUUGGGAAAAUCUUUUAAACAAUAAAUGAUGUAGUAUAAUAGCACGCCUGUCCACCUUGCUAGGUGUUCAAGGCGCUCCUAGAUGCUCCUAUUAGUUUUACCCAGAUUACAAAAUAUAUAUUUGGAAACUGUUUUAUACCUAACAGUGAUGUAUCUUUUGUUCUUACCCAACACAUAGUGUUUUUCAUAGAGAUGUAGUUGUAAUUCUUCAUUAUUAAUUGUCUUCAACUGUGUUCUCUUCAUCAACCUGGUCAGUCAUUAUUCACACAGAAGCCUAAAAUGCACAUGUGCACAGAGAUUAUGAGAUAAUUCAGGGCCAGAAAUAGGCGACAUAAUAAAAACUUGAGUACACAUUAUGAUAGGGUAGGGUGUCGGCUUGAUGAGGCGGGAUGAGAAAUUAAGAUACCUAAAGAUGAUGAGAACAUACACAAAAAUCAGAUUUCGUAUCUCAUGUUGUCGAUUGAAAAAGCAAAAGGCAAGAUGCUGUAUCUCAGAAGCCGUAUUCCAUCAAUUAGUGUUGAAUAGAACACAAAAUAACAAAAUUCCCCAUCUACUCGUGUCAACUUGGUGAUGACUAAAUGACAAGAAUAUAAGAUGGGAUAUAUACUCCUACUCAAGUCGACAUAAUGGGGACGAGAAUUAAAAAAAAAUGACUAGAUGAUGAAAUGUUCUCAAAUUGACUUGAUAAGUAUUAGUACACGAGAUGACGAAACUCCAUAGACAAAAAUGUAUGGAAGCUUAAAAGUGC